AAGGGCGAGGGGUGGGCUGGGGGUGUGGUGACAACUCUGAGCAAUAGCGCUGGCUAAUCUAGUUUCCUCGGUGAUCUUUUUCCACCCGUAUGGCAAUUUAAAAAUAUUCUACUAUUACCGAGGCAGAUGUUGAAAAGGAGCGCUGAUGCUGCGCGCUGAUAAAGAACUGCGGAACCCUUGUACUCAGUCGGGAGAUAAAGGUGUAUAAAUUAAUGUUAUUUUUGUAAAGCUCGACGUGAGCGACAACGUCCACGCUGCUGACUUUCAACACUUGCUAAAGCAAUAAUACACAUUCGUUAUCAGCAUAUCUAAUCACGCGAUUUAAACGUUAUAAGAAUAAGAUUAAAAGCAUGCCGAAAUCUGCAAAAAAAUCUAGCACUGUACAGACCUCCAUAAGCCGGUACUUUGGCGGAGCUAGCAGCAAGAGUAUCCCGGACAAAAGCACACAACCCGGUAUGUGCUCUGUAAUGGUGCCUACUGGGCUGCAGACAGGAGCCAGCAGAGGCAAGCUUAAGCAUUCCACUGAUGAUGAUGACUUAGGAUCGAUCAGGAAACGUCCCAAGCUUUACCAUCUUGGGCAGAAAGAAGACAUUUCCCGUCCGAGUGUCAGAGAAACCAAUGUGUCUCGAGGGUCAGACAGCCUCUCCUCCACCCUGGAGCGCCUGAAGGGCUUUAGCCGCAUGGCUGAGCCCCACAGCAGAACUGACCGUGGGCCUGGUGGUGCAGAUAGAGGGCCUGGGGAUUCUGGUUGUGUGCCUGGGGGAGUUAUCCAGGACAAUACUAAAGGGAGAAUGAUAGAUGAGGGAGACGAGGAAGAGCAUAUAACCAAGGAGCAAGAGGAGGAGGAAGACGAGAGGAAGACAGAUCCAUCCACCGAUAAUAAGUGCCUCAGUCUUUGCCAGUUUGCAGCACCAGGAGGAGGAAGAGGAGAUGCAGACAUCAAAAGUGAUGGAGGAGUCAGAGGAGGUGUGGGGGGUGGGUCUAAACAGGGAUACACGCCUCUGGAGCAGCAGUUUGUCCAUAUCAAGCAGCAGCAUAAAGACACCCUGCUGGCUGUGGAGUGUGGAUACAAGUACAGAUUCUUUGGAGAGGACGCAGAGAUAGCAGCAAAGGAGCUGAACAUCUUUUGCCACCUGGACCAUAACUUUAUGACCUGCAGCAUCCCUGCUCAUCGACUCGCUAUUCACGUCCGCCGCUUAGUCUCUCAGGGACACAAGGUGGGUGUGGUGAAGCAGACAGAGACAUCAGCAAUCAAGGCUUCGGGAGUAAAUAAGAAUGCUCUGUUUGAUCGCCGGCUCAGUGGCCUGUACACCAGGUCCACUCUGGUGGGAGAGGAUGUGAACCCAGCACGUUGUCUGGGGGACAAGGAGCUGGGGCAAGAAGUGAUGUCAGACCCCACAGAAGGCUUCCUGUUGUGUUUGACCGAGACCUGGGACAAACUGAAGAAACAGCUCACCAUAGGCCUGGUGGCAGUGCAGCCCAGUACUGGAGAUGUGCUGCUGGACUGUUUCAGUGAUGGUACAGCUCGCUCCGAGCUGGAGGUGCGUGUCCUAAAGGUCGACCCAGUGGAGAUCCUGGUGCCCAUUGGCCUUUCAGAUGACACCCACAGACUGCUACAGACCAUCGCUAAGGCCAGUGUCCUGAAAGAUGACCGUGUUCGUGUGGAGAAGAGGGACACCUCUCAGUUUGAGUUUUCUUCAGCAAUGAACACAAUCACAGAGUUCUAUUGCUACAAAGACAACAAAGGCUCCCAAUCUCUCUCCAGUGUUGCAGCGUUGGAGGCUCCUGUAAUCUGCUGUCUGGGACCUCUCAUCCACUACCUCAGAGAAUUCAACCUGGAAAAGGUUCUCCUCAGUGAUAGCUCCUUCCGACAUCUGUCAUGCAAAGCUGAUGGGAUGAUGCUUAGUGCCUCCACUCUGAGAAACUUGGAGGUACUUUGUAACCAGACAGACGGAGGUGUGAGGGGAAGUCUGCUUUGGGUGUUAGAUCAUACCCACACAUCCUUUGGGAAAAGACUGAUGAGGAAGUGGGUGAGCCAACCUCUCACACAAACAAAGUCUAUCUCAGAGCGCCUAGAUGCAGUGAGUGAGAUAUUGCAGUCUGACUGUGCCAGUCUGGCCUCCGUCAGGGCUCUGCUCACCUGCCUGCCAGACCUUGAGAGAGGAGUCUGUAGCAUAUACCACAAGAAGUGUUCUACUCAGGAGUUCUACCUCAUCUGCAGCUCGCUCUCUCGUGUGGGGACGGAGCUACAGGCUGUCCUCCCUGCUAUCCAAUCGCAACUGACCUCCUCUUUAUUACAAAUGCUAUUAAUGGAAACCCCAGACAUGUUGGCUCCCGCCCACAACUUCCUCAAAGUGCUCAAUGAGAAGGCAGCCAGGGCAGGGGAUAAGAGGGAGCUUUUUUCAGAUCUGACUGGGUUCCCAGUGCUGCAAGAGCGUCAUCAGCAGAUCCAGGAGGUUCUGACAGACAUACUGGACCACCGUAGGGAGGUCCGGCUCACACUCAAAACCCCCUCACUGGACUACAUCUCGGUCUCUGGACAUGAGUUCUUGAUUGAGUUGAAGAACUCCAUGUCAUCUGUAGUACCAUCUGACUGGAUCAAAAUGAACAGUACCAAAGCUGUGAGCAGGUACCACACCCCCUUCUUAGUGAAGCGCUACCGUACUUUGUUGCAGCUCAGAGAACUGCUACUGCUCGACUGCCAGACAGAGUGGACCAACUUCCUGCAUCAGUUUGGGGAGUAUUAUCACACAAUGAAAAAAGCUAUUAGUCACCUAGCAACCGUGGACUGUCUCUUCUCAUUGGCUGAGGUGGCAAAGCAAGGGAACUACUGCAGGCCCAGGCUGAGUGAGCAGCAGCAGAUAGUGGUGAAGGAGGGCAGGCACCCCUCCAUAGACCUGCUGCUCGGAGAACUACACCAAUACGUACCCAACCACACACAGUUGCAGGGGGAGGGCCAGAGGGCCAUGAUAGUAACAGGUCCUAACAUGGGGGGUAAAAGCUCAUACAUCCGCCAGGUGGCUCUGCUCAGCAUCAUGUUCCAGCUGGGUUCCUAUGUCCCUGCGGCACAAGCUCAGCUCAGCAUCCUGGAUGGAAUAUACACCAGGAUGAGGGCGUCAGACAACAUCUACAAGGGGCGGAGCACGUUCAUGGAGGAGCUGACGGAAGUAUCGGAUAUCAUCUCCCGGGCAACCGAACACUCAUUGGUCAUUUUGGAUGAGCUGGGGCGGGGCACCAGCACCCAUGACGGCAUUUCCAUCGCCCACGCCACUCUGGAGCACCUCAUCAGAGACACAAAGUGCUUCACUCUCUUUGUGACCCACUACCCUCCACUGUGUGAGCUGGAGAACCUGUACCCUCAAUAUGUAGCCAACUACCACAUGGACUUCUUCAUUAAUGAAUAUUCUGGCACCUCCCAAGAUGGAGAGGUCCAGCCAGAGUUCAUCACCUUCCUCUAUCAGUUGACUGAGGGAUCUGCUGGGCAGAGCUAUGGACUAAAUGUCGCCCGAUUGGCUGAUAUCCCAGAACCUGUACUACAAACUGCUGCUCGCAAAGCCCACGAACUGGAGAACAUUGUCAAAACCAGGAGGAGGACUAAGAAGCUUUUAUCAGUGUUGAGCAUCAGAGACAGAGAAUCUCUUUUGGACUGGAUGCAGUCAAACCCCUGAUUACACUCACAUGCUCUCACACCCAUAUACACUCAGUUAACUAAUGAAGUGAGACAUAUUUGCUGCAGGGAUGACUCUGCUGGCUUUCUGGGACACAAGGAUUCACUGGAGGCCAUCACAACUAACCUUUAUUCUACAAUUAACCUUUCCACUUUAUUACUGUUGUACUGUAACUCUGUUCAAUACAAUUGCUUUGUUGAUUAAAUAAAUAAAGAUACAAUAUUUGAAA